UUUUGUAAUCAUUUUGUCAACUAAUAUGUCCAAUCGUGCCAUUAUGGAUAAUGUAAAUCUUGGUUCAAUCGCAUAACUUAUUGUCAUAAAAUUUCAAACAACCGUUCCUACUAUCCACCAGGUAGAACUACUUCAAUUCGUUUUGAAUUUUAAAGUACCUACUAGUGACAGCUAGCGGUCAAUAGAAUCCGUUCUUGUAUUCAGAGCAGGGGUGUCAGGUGUCCUGAUUUAUCAGGAUUUGUCCUGAUUUUUGAGAGACUGUCCUGAUUUUUCAAAAACGCUUGAAUUGUCCUGAUUUUUGAAAAAUGACCCUUAAAAUGUCCUGAUUUGUCCUGAUUUUUAAAAAAUAUCCAAAUUAUAACUAAAUUUAUUGUUAAAUGAUGAGAACAUCAAAAAAAUCUUAAAUAAAAUAGUUUAACCAGUUGAACCAAUGAGAUUCUUUGAUUCAAAUUACAUUAAAAUGAGGUUUUUCGAUAUUAACUGCAGGCCAGCCAAGGUUAUUCUCGCUUCAGUUGCAUAAUUCGAGGCGUCUUCAGCACCUAUAUUUCGCCUUUAGUUAGGCAAUUUAAGCAGAACUGCAUUUUGUUUUCAGCAAUUUGGGGGUGUCCUGAAAAAUCCUGAUUUUUUCUUCGCGGUGUCCUGAUUUUUUGACAAAACGACCUGGCACCUCUGAUUCAGAGUAAAGUCCAAGGCGGGUAAAGCUAGGUGUGUUCUUAUACCAAUGCACGGAAUCGUCCAUCUUGUGACAGGGGUGACAGGCAAUCGUAAUCGUAGGCAUGGUAGGCGAACAAUUCGCUGUCAAAAAGCGCACCGUCUCCACCCCCAACCAAUGAGAAACUUUUGGUACCCCUUGCCUACUUUUCCUCAGUAUGCACCCACCCUACUGGAGGCACUCUGGUAAAGUCCGUAUCAAAAUUCGUAUAUGGCUGUUUGUUUGGCAACACUUCCAUUUUGUUUUGAUUUUCGCGCCGGUCGGAAAAUUUGAUUUUAUUGUUCGCUAUUUUCAUCGGUUUUUCUCGUUUUUCAUUGAAUAUAGAUCAAUUUUCUUGUAAUCAAGUUAGUGUUUUCUGCGAAAUUUGUUCAAAAUUGUACAACUUUAUCGAAAAGAAACUAUGGAUCCAACUAAAAAUGUGCCCGAUGUAGCCGACAGGAACAAAUCUGACAUCAUGUGGGAAACGCUAAUAACAACGUUAACCGACAUUGUACACAACCGUAGUUUGAACCUGGAAAAAAUCCUCAACAUGAUACGAAACGAUCUAACAUACGAUGAUCCAGGACUUUUUCCGUCCCUUUUGUUAGCGAACCCAGAGGAACGUGAUCCAAUAAGAGCGUUCAAUUUUUGGUUGCUGAAUCAACUGGUGCACAUCGCUUCUAUAGCAAAUUAUUUUGGCAUAAAGCGGAGCACUUCCGAGCUUCAACAAACAAUCCUUUCUGCUAGCUUUGUUAAGCAAACCUGGUUCUUCUACGAAGCUAGUCUGAAAUACUUGGAAAUACUAGAAGCCUUGAAUACGUUUCAACCGGAGAAGCAGCCGAUACAAUUACUAGCUUUUCACAUGCCUGGCACUUACUUUGAGCGACUGAACUGUAGUUGCUCUUUUGCGGUGGUUGAGGUUGGUGAUAAAGUAACCAAGCGAAUUCUGACAGAGAAUUGUUUGAAUGUGCUGAGUCAGGUGGUUAGUAUAGCUGAUGAUCGUGGAAGUCCAGAAUUCCGGGCACAAUGCGCUGAAGUUGUACUGAAUACUAUGAAUUUCGGGUGUUUAGAGGAGAAAACUUUGUGCUUGAUGUUCUUUGGUAAAUAUCUGAAGAUGAUUUCUGAGAUAACACCAUGCGUAGAGCGAUUGGCAACUGAGAUAAUGGGGAUCGUUGAAACCUGCUUAGAACGUUUCAAUCGAUGGCUCAGUAGUGAGUUAACACAAGUUAAGUCUAUUGAACAGUUCAAAACUGCGCUGAUGGAUUACUACAGCAAACUGAACGUGAUUCCUUUCUUAGACGUUCCUACAGAUCAUCGCAGAAAUCUAGUACUAUAUUCAAUUAAAAUCAUCAAACAAGUCAUUACCUUGAAAACGGACAACGAAGAACUAAAAUUGAAACUCUUAGAUCAAAUCAAAAAGUUUCUUUCUAUUGUGCUCAAUCAUUCACCGACGGUUGUUUUAGGAGAUGGAUUUGAAAGUUUAUAUGUUAUGAUUUUCCAAUUUCCGGAUUUAAUUCAUCUCGUGGAGGCGCCAAUUAUCAAUGAAAUCAAUGCAACGGAAUUGACAAGUGAAAUUAUUGUUACAAAAAUCAGUAACAUAUGGGCAUCCGUACUUGGAUAUAUUCAAAAAGAACACCAACAUUUGAAAAUAUCGCAAAAAAUUGAAACAGUUCAAAAACUAGUUCGUCUAGCAGUGGAUGUGAUACAUGGUUGUUAUUUGCAAAAACAAAAAAGUAAUAUUUCACAAUUGACCAUAAAUAUGUUCGAUAGUAAAUUGGUUGAAAUCCUCGAGAUAAUAUUCGAAAAUGUAAAAGAAUGUCAGAUGAAAAAAGACAUAUUCCUUUGGAUUCAAGAUACAUGUUUCGACGUUGUUAACCUACAAGAAUUCAGCACAUUAGAUGAAACAUUCCAGAAAACUAUUUGCUCUUGGUGCUUUGUGCCAUUCAUGAAUUCCUUUGAACAUUCCAAACUCGAAAUACCAGACGACACAAUUCAGGUUCUAAACGAUUGUAUUCAGAACGAUAGUGAUCUUAGGAUCAUCCAAAUUGGAACGCUUGAUCAGUUAUGUAAAUUUGCCGUGGAGAAUCUUUGUGAAGCUGCGAAGGAAAUGUUCAAGGAUAUAUUUUGGUCAAUAAUAGUCACUAUUAAGAACUCAAACGAUUCGGAGCUCAAACGUGCACUGUUUCGGUUUUACCAAAGUCUACUGCUAUCUAUGAAAUAUCCUGUAGAUCAGCUGGCCAAAGAGCUACUCUUUCCUUCCCUUUUUGAACCAGAUAUUCAAAUGAUUGCUUGUCGAUAUCUGUCGACACAUUACUGCAUAAAAUCGCAGAACUAUCAAGUAUGGCAAAUCAAGGGUGAUACAACUUCCCGUAAACGGAAAUUCCGCUGUCUCAGAUGCCAACCAGACAACUCGGAUGAGAAUUUUAUGUGCACUCAGCUGAGUAUAAGUUCACAACGAACAGAAUUCACAACACGUCAGGAAGGAUUUCUUCUAACGACGUGUUCAACACAGAAAGUACGCUGCUCUCUAUCAGUUGAUGAGUUGGAAAAGCUGUUCGUGAUUGAAAAUAUCGAAACGCAACUGGCAAUGGUAAAUCUUCUUCCGGUAUUGCUCAAACAUGUUCCGACAGUAGUGCUAAAUGAGCGAUUAGUGUCAACUUGGAGUAACCUCAUAACUAGUCACAACGAUGAAGUAAACAUUGCUUUUGCGAAAAGCUUUCCAGUUUUGAUGGAAUCUCUUGCUUGUGGCUCGGUUUCCCCAGAUGAAAAGAAUAGUAUUAUUCAAACCUGUCUAAAUAAACUUUCGGAAGCGGUUCGACAAAGCAUAAAUAAACCAAACUAUAAUCGCCAAUCUUCCGUUAUGAAUAUGGUUUUGAAGUUUUCCACUUCUGGCAGUGCCGACAUUAUUCACGAAGAACGGCUUAUGCAUUGUAUUCGGAUGUUAUUUUUCUUCUUAAUGCUACGUGAAUCCGAAAUCACGCGAGAGGCAUCAUUGAUCGUUGCGGAAAUGUGCGAGCAUCAUGGUGUUUCCACGAGGGACAUGUUGAACUGGUACCGACAUGACAUUAUAAAACUGAUGAUAGCGAUCAGUGCCACCAAUUAUCAUUGCCACGAAAUAUCCCUCUACAAAUCUUUGACUCAUGUCAGCAAAACAUUCCAGUUUAGUGGCCCUGUAGAGUUUAUAAACAAGUACUAUAAAAUUAUACUGGCUAUGCUUCUUCCCUGGUGUAUUAAGCGGCCUAGUUGUGUAAAUCUUUUGCAGGAAUUAGCAAACAUAAUACGAAAAGAGAAAACUAUGGUUUUAUCAAAUUCGUUUCUUACCAUCUAUCCUUAUCUCUUCAUCAAUGAACCUGCUAAUAUUACCAAUCAAUGCAUUGAUUUCAUUAUGACAAAUACGGGCAACACUUUAGUGCGGUUGUUACAUUCCGACAUCAAGAAAACGGUUUCUGAAAUAUUAAUUUUCUACCACAUCAACGCAGAGUGUGUCCUUCAUGCGUUUCGCAGUCUGUUGGCGAAAGAUGGCGAUGCUGAAGAUAUAACUACCGCUCAAAUGGCCGAAUACAUUUCCAGUCGAUUCCUCGGAGUGUUAACUUUUUUUGAAGCCUCGCUAAUUAAUCCGGAGAACGAAAGAGCCCUCAAGCGGGAAACACUCCUUAGUUUGGGCGAGAUAAUUCGAUUGCUCGGAGGACACCACAUUACACCGUUUAGGUUCAAAAUCAUCGCCCUACUGAAGACUACCUUGGCAAUUGAUGAACCCAACUUGAAAAGCAUUUGUGUCAAAGUUUGGCGUAUAUUCAUCUGUACAGUGGAUGUGCAACAACUGGGUCCUCUCCUUAGCACGAUUUUUGUAUCGUUAGAACUAUUGAUCGAUCAGUUCACUGAGGAUAUAAAUUAUAUCUUUCAUUAUUUGGUCAUACAAAACAACAGUUUGUUGAGUCCGCAUAUUUCGGACCUUUUCUUUUUAAGUGAAACUAAAGUUGACGAAGAGAUUAAACAAGUAGUUGCAGCACAUACACGAAAUGAUCGAGAUCGUAAAGAGUUUAUGUUUAGAUUCACAGAGCUCGUGAAACAUGUAAAUCAUGAAAACCUAGCAGUUCGAGUAUACGGCUUAAGAUUUUUGCGCCAGCUGUUUGCCGAUAACCGUAGUGAAUUGAACGAUUCUGUCAUCGGUCAACUUUCCUUCAACCCUAUGGUUGUGCACUUGCUGGAUAAUUUAAUCAAAAGCUGUAGCGAUGUUGAUGUUGGAUACAGAUUAAGAGCUGCUGAAUGUUUGGGAGAGUUAGGCGCACUAGCUCCUAAUUAUCUUCCUCCAAAUUAUGCACCGCAGGAAAGUUUCGCUUUGAGUAUCCAUUCGGACGCAUUUGCUAGUAUGGCGCUUGCCGAACUUUGCCGAGCCUAUCAAUUUCAAAAGGAUACCAAGUAUGUAGAUAGUUUUUCUUUGGCGAUUCAAGAAAUUCUAUUAGAACGAGGAGUUUCACCGAGUAAUGGCAAAAAACUAGAAGUUUGGGAAGCUAUUCCUGAUCGAUUACGACCUAUCAUGGAACCACUUCUUUCGUCUUGUUAUACCGGAUUAGAUCGUGUUUCGUCUACAGAGUGCCAUCCAAUUUUUGGAAGUUCCAAAGCUCAAACUUGCCAGGAAUGGGCAUUCUUAUGGGCUUGCCAAUUGAUCGAAAAACUGGAGAAGGACCAAACUCAAAAUUUAUUAAAAUCUUUCAAACCAAGCAUCCGUUGCGAUAUAAGCACAAUGACGAAUUUUUUGCCUUAUAUCUUACUGCAUGCUUUACAGAGUAGCAACGAAGAAAAUCGGAAAAUGUUCGUCGAAGAAUUACAGUUCCUUUUCAAUGCGAUUCUCAAUAAUAAUCCAGAAAUUGAUAGUCCAGAAUCACAGGACCACUAUAUUAGAGGAUUGCGUGCUAUGCAGUUUGUAUCUAAAGAUCGUAAACCCCAAGCGCCUGAUGUGCCCACUUCAGACAUGUCAAUGGAAUGUGCUAAGCUAGCCUUUCGACUUUUAGAUUUUCUGGAGAAGUGGAAACGUCAAUGGAAAAAAGUGUAUCAACUAGAUGAUUCGAAAGUGGAUUACCAUAAUGUAGAGGGCUUUCUAAAUGAGUUCAACCAUGAGAUGCUGGCCAACAUAAAUUUCAAAUGCCAGGAGUAUGCACGCUCGCUUAUGUAUUUGGAGGCUUACAUAGAAGAAGAACCAAUGCGCUUCCAAGAUCAUUUGUUCUUUUUAGCCAAAAUUUUUACUCAUCUCAAUGACCCAGAUUCAGUCGAGGGAGUUAUUUGUUCUAAAACAACCGAACCAACGCUAGCCGAACAAAUUCUGCUUCACAACGCAACUGGGCGUCUCCACCAAUCUGCGGCAUGCUAUGAACGAAUGCUUCAACUGAGAGACAUUAGUCCGCUCGAUAUCUAUAAUAUGGUAGAAUGUUACCUCAGAUUAGAUCAACCGGAAACAGCAUUGCUUCUAUCGGAAAGUUUACUGAACCAAUACUACGAAAACGAUGUACAAUCAUUGCUACAGGAAAUUAAAGCCGAACCACUUUAUCGUUUGGGUCGUUUCGAAGCGCUAGAAGAACUUUUGGAAUCUCCGGGUAUGCAGGAAAGUGAUAAUUGGGGUGUUAUCUGUGGUUCAUUAAUGGUUGGUUACCGGAAAAACCAACAUGAGCAAUUCCUACAAAAACUCGAACAAGCUCGUCUAGCAGUGCUCAGAAUUCUUCAUAACUCGGAUCUUAAAAUAAGUGCUUAUGAAAAGGGUUAUGAACAGGUUCUUAAACUGCACAUGAUCGAUGAGUUUGAGAAGUGCGAACACAUAUUGGAAAAUAUUCGCUCUUUCGGAAUCCACCGAUGUCAAAAUGAUUUGCAGAAUCUAAUCGCUAAUUUCGACGCACGGUUAGAGCUCUUACAACCGAACGCUGCCACAGCUGAACCAAUCAUCAGUCUUCGCAGGAUUUUAUUGAACGAAACUAAAAUCCUGAUAACGGAAUUAGCUUCGACUAACCCUAGUGCAGGUAAUAUUGUUAAAGAAAUUAAGGAUACAAUCGAUGGACAUAUCGGUCAUCUUUGGAUAAAAAGUACUGAGUUGGCUUCUCGUGCUAAGCUUUUCGAACAAGCCCAUCUAUACAUUUUACAUGCUGAGAGCUACAAACCUAAAGAGUUGUUUAUAAAGAAAGCUCAACUGCUCUGGGAAAAACGUGAUGCAUCGAAUGCAUUUAAAGUUCUAGAGCGCGGUUUGGGAGAAAUUUUGGAAAGGUGUAAAGUGAAAGAGGUGAAACAGCUGCCCAAAGAAGAGCGACUGAUUUAUGCGCAGGGAAAGCUUCUGAUUGCCAUCUAUAAUGCCGAUGCUUCGAACGUCUCAGCCAGCGUAAAUCAAAGAUGUUUCAAAGAAGCGGUUCUGGCACAUCCUGAAUCGGAGAAAAGUAUGGUUCACUUAGCACAGUAUUUAGACAAGCUUUACGUAAACUAUUCAUCGGAUGAUCAGGACUCAACACGUGGAUGGGAACUACUUCAAGACGUGAUGACUUAUUACGGUAAAUCUAUGAUAUACGGGUCAACCUACAUUUAUCAAUCAAUGCCUAGAGUACUUAGUAUCUGGUUAGAUUUUACCGCGCGCAGUGUAAAUAACGAUUCCUACAAAAAGAUAUGCUCCAAUAUGAUAAAGCUGGCACAAAAAUUCAGCGAAAGCCUAUCGCCGUACUUUUUCUUCACUGCUUUUUCUCAACUCAUAAGUCGUGUUGCUCAUCCUUCCGUCGAAGUUUAUCAGGUGUUGAAGUCGAUAAUUGUUAAGCUAAUAUUGAAUUAUCCCCAGCAAUCGCUGUGGAUGUUGUUGAGUGUUUACAAAUCUUCAUAUGCCAAUCGGGUUAAACGUUGUCAUGAAAUUUUCCAUGAUAAAAAAUUGUCCAAAGUAACCAUGCAGAAAAUGAUAACCGACUUUAAUGCGCUGGCCGAACGGUUCAUCGAGUUGACCAACAAAGAACUUGGAUCGUCCAAAGAUACUAAGGUGAUGGUUUCUUCGUUGGUUAAAACACUGCCAAAAUUAUUCAGCGACGGAAAUCUGUCAGACAUCGUGAUGCCAAUUCAGAAAUGUAUGCAGUUGGUGUUGGACAAAAAUUCUUCAACUUUCGCUCCGUAUGCAAUGAAUCUCGUUUACAUUCACGGUAUUAAAGAAGAGGUAACCAUUCUUCAAUCGUUGCAAAAACCUCGCAAGAUAACUCUUAUUGGGAAUGAUGGCCGGGAGUACACAAUGAUGAUGAAACCGAAAGACGAUUUGCGGAAAGAUUUUCGUCUUAUGGAGUUCAACGCUGUCGUUAAGCAGUAUCUCUAUCAGGAUCCUGACGCCAAACAGAGACGUUUGAACAUUCGAACAUACGCAGUAUUGCCGUUGAACGAAGAGUGUGGAAUAAUCGAAUGGGUUGAUAAUUUGAACACAUUUCGAAGCAUUAUAUGCACGUACUAUAAACAGCGAGGUUUAGGAAUGCCAGCCAAAGAACUUCGCAAUUACAACUACAAACGGCAGGAUCCGUUACAGAAGAAGCGUGAUGCUUUCGUAAAUUGCUUACUGCCUCGCCAUCCACCAGUAUUUGGCGAAUGGUUCCGAGAUCGAUUUUCUAACCCGCACAAUUGGUUCCAAGCGCGCAGCUCAUAUAUUAGAACCACUGCUGUGAUAUCAAUAGUAGGGUACAUUCUAGGAUUGGGUGAUCGACAUGGUGAAAAUAUUCUAUUCGAUGCUACCAAUGGUGAUACCGUUCACGUGGAUUUCAACUGUCUGUUCAACAAGGGUGAAACUUUCGAAAUUCCAGAAUUAGUACCGUUUCGCCUCACGCAUAACAUGGUUAGAGCAAUGGGGCCACUUGGAGUUGAAGGUCUUUAUCGCAAGUGUUGCGAAAUAGCGCUACGAGUAUUGCAAAAUCAAACGCCCACCUUAAUGUCUGUGCUAAAACCAUUUGUGUACGAUCCGCUUGUGUCCUGGAAUAAAAUAAGUAAACACGACGGAGCGACAGAACGGACUGAUCCGCAGGCAAUGAAUAACGUAAAGCACAUCGAGGAGCGAUUAAAGGGAUACGUCAGGAUUAACGGGAAGAUGUCUCAUAUGCCAUUGUCUGUAGAGGGUCAAAUAAAUCAUUUGAUUAGCGAAGCAACUAACCAAGACAACCUCGCCCAAAUGUAUAUUGGAUGGGCUGGAUAUAUGUGAAACAUACAGCUUAAAAUGUAUUGUGUCAUAAAAUAAAACUAAGUGUUGAAAUUAAAAAUUCAUUAUAUAAUAUAAUUUUUUAAAGUAGUUCCUGAUUUUUGAAUCGUUUGAAACAAGAAAUGAACAACACACUGAUGUGAUGUGAAUUUUAUUCGUAUUAAAUUUAUUGUAAAUAAAUUCGAUAGUUUUCAAAAAAAAGGCUACAAUUACAUUGUACUUAUAUACGGUCGCUCAACAAUGUAAAUGACCAUAAAAUGUUAGUUCAAUAGUUCAAUAAAGUAUGAACCUGAUAGCAGUCAAUAGACAAUAUCAGGUUAAAACUUAAUCGGCGCUUACUUGAGGUACCGAGCAGCGAACCUGGGCAGUGUAAA